GACGUUCAACCUCUCGACCCCAAAUUUCGCAGGUAAUAUUAACAAUGUGGCUCCUGAAAGGACUCCUCUUUGCGGUUCUACUUGCACUUGUCUCGACGAAAGGAAUCCAUCCUAAUAAGGACUCGACGAAAGGAAUCCAUCCUAAUAAGCGUUCUCUGGAUUCUUUGGAGGACUGGGGGCUCAAUUCGCGGCCUAUCAACUAGUCGCCGUUAUCAAAAACCAGUGUGUUGAAGUCGCAAUGUAAAAGUCCUACAAAAUCACUUCCCAAAUUUUAUUAUCUUCGUUCUCGUCCUUCUCAAUUACGAUACCCUGUUUC